AUUUAAUUCUGCACAGUGAGAUUGAGGCUCGCGACGUUAACGUUCGUGAAGUUAUUGAGGACUUCCGUGGUCAGGUCGACUCCUACACGGACAUAUUUGAGGCGGUUGUUUUAAUGGCACCUGGCCGAUAUCGUGUUACUUUCAAAAGUGCACGUAAGUUAGAAGUAGCUGAAAACUUUGGGUUUACUGUUCGUGGUUUCCCUCUUACCUUUAAGCCUGUGUCCCUUUUCAAGUGGGUCAAUAUCACUCGUGUGUCCUAUGGUGUUCCGGAUGAGGAAAUUUCCAAGGUUCUCAGUGUUUAUGGUCCCAUCAAAAUGAUUAAAA